AAUAAGAGUGCGCGGCGCCCCCCAUCCCCUCAGUUGCUUAAUUUAUUAACAAAUUUUUAGAAGAAACAUUUUGUUUUAGUUUAAUUGUAUUAUUUGGCACGAAUUGAUCGGAUUUCGGAGAAUCAGAAAUUUUUGAAUCAAAACAAGGAUUAUGGCAUCAACUACAAAUUGGCCCGAAAAAGUUGGCAUUUUAGCCAUUGAAGUGCUCUUCCCCUCACAAUAUGUGGACCAAACGGAAUUGGAACAAUUUGAUGGUGCCUCCGCGGGAAAAUAUACAAUUGGCUUGGGUCAAGCUAAAAUGGGUUUCUGUUCGGAUCGCGAAGAUGUCAAUUCAUUGUGCCUAACGGUUGUGAGUCGUCUCCUGGAGCGUCAUCAUAUCAAACAUACGGAGAUUGGACGCUUAGAAGUGGGCACCGAAACGAUAGUGGAUAAAUCGAAAUCGGUUAAAUCGGUUCUAAUGCAACUAUUCGCGGAUAGUGGUAAUACCGAUAUUGAGGGUAUUGACACAACAAAUGCCUGUUAUGGUGGAACUGCUGCCCUCUUCAAUGCCGUCAAUUGGUUGGAAUCCUCCAGUUGGGAUGGACGCUACGCAUUGGCUGUAUGUGCGGAUAUUGCCGUGUAUGCCAAGGGUGCAGCGCGUCCCACGGGUGGAGCGGGAGCGAUUGCCAUGUUAGUGGGACCAAAUGCUCCAUUGGUAUUGGAACGUGGCCUGAGGGCCACACACAUGGAGCAUGCCUAUGACUUUUAUAAGCCUGACUUAAGCUCCGAAUACCCCACUGUGGAUGGCAAAUUGUCCAUACAGUGCUACCUCUCAGCAUUGGAUACAUGCUAUAGAUUAUAUCGAAAGAAAUUUGAAAAAGUGCAGCCAAAGGAAUCAAGUGCCGUCAGUCUGGAUAAAUUUGAUGCCAUUAUCUUUCACACACCCUUCUGCAAGUUGGUUCAAAAGUCUGUGGGUCGCCUGAGUUUCAAUGAUUUCCUUUUGACCAGCGAAGAGAAGCGAGCUGCAAAGUAUCCCGAUCUGGAGCGCUUCAAUAACUCAACUCUUGAGGGAACCUAUUUCGAUCGUGAUUUGGAAAAGGCUUUCCUAACUCAAUCCGCUGAGAUUUUCGCAAGCAAAACGAAGAAAUCUUUGCUUCUGGCCAAUCAGGUGGGCAAUAUGUAUACACCAUCGGUCUAUUCGGGUCUCGUCUCACUGUUGAUCAGUGAGCCGCCAGAAUCAUUGGUGGACAAACGUAUUGCCGUCUUCUCCUAUGGCUCGGGACUGGCUGCAUCAAUGUAUUCAAUACGCGUCACAUCGGAUGCGGAGAAAUUUAAGAAAUUUGCCAGCCAAUUGGAUUAUGUUUUGCCCCUACUCAGUUCCCGAGAGAAAGUCUCACCCGAACAAUUCUCUCAGCUGAUGGAGGUGCGUGAGAAAAACAAUCAUGCGGCACCCUAUACGCCUACAGGCAAAGUGGGUAUCCUGUUCCCGGGCACCUACUAUCUAAAGGAUGUGGAUGCUCUGCAUAGACGUACGUACGAGAGAACGCCAACUAUCACAAAUGGUGUACACUAACACGCCCUGUUUCCCCCAAGCCCCCUCAACAAAAACAUGGAUUCUGUCUCUAUUUUAAACUUGACAAUAAUAUAUAAAGUGACAUCUGCAUCUGAUGGGAUGAUGCGACGAUAACUCUUCUUAUGGGGGUUUUUUUUAAAUGGAAUUUCAUAUUUCUACAUCUAUUUUUAUUUGCAAUUAUCAUUUCAUUAGGUCAGUCAUAAAUUUUAUUAUUUAUAUUAUAUAUAUCUACUCUAAACAUGCCAGCGGAUAAACAAAAAUCAAUAAUUGUGAAACUCUCUUCAACUUUUCCUUCUUCUCUAUGCCUAUAAAUGUACAAUUUAUACCUGUGUAUAUACAUAUAUGUAUGCUACUAUAUAUACCUAUAUAUAUAUGUAUAUAAAGAUGAUGCUGCAGAUAUGUAUGUAUGCCAUUUACAUAAAAUGGCUAUGUAAAUGAGAAAAAUAAACAAAUAAAACAACAACAACAACAAUAAAAA